GUGCUCGCCGCGCUGGCCGGCUCGGCGCUCGCGCAGGAGCCGUUCAAGUACGGCACGCCCAACCCCAACUACCCCGGCGUCGUGAGCGCGAACCGCAACGGGCCGACGAACCCGAGCGCGCCCAAGCUCGGCACGCCCAUCAACCAGACCAGCGACGCGCGCCUCGUCACCGUCAACAGCGUCGAUGACUGGUGCAUCUUCGGCCCGCCCGACGGCGAGACGAUUGCCGACGUCGAGGACCGCACGGUGGCGUACUGCACCAAGGCGCGCAACAACGCGCGCGUCAUCCCCGACGGCACCGUGACGAGCGCGCACUUUGUCAAGACGCCGCUGUACAUCCAGCUCAUGGCGCUCGGUGACUUCACCAAGAUCAACUUUGUGCCGGGAGACAUGGGCGGCGAGCUCGACCCGCACGGCGCGACCAACAUGGGCAACCCGGUGGGCGGCAACGUGACGUCGAACGUGUCGGGCAAGGAUGUGUUCUACGAGGAGUGGAUGAACUACGUGGCGGCGAACCAGGUGUGCAUCCGCAUCUGCAUUGCGGGCACCGACGUGGCGCCGACGCCGCUCGAGUGCCAGCACACGCUCGACGAGAUGGGCUGCAACUGGGUCAUGCCGGGCGACUACACCGACGGCGUCUUCGACACGUGCGACGCCGACUCGGCCUACCCGCCGGGCCUGUACCCGCAGGGCAACGGCCAGACGUCGACGUUCCAGCAGUACUUCAGCAGCGUGUACACGGCGCCCGACGGCGGCGUGCAGACCUUCAUCAACGCCAGCCCGGACCAGUCGACGCCGCAGGCCGCCUACUCGACGCCCUCGUCGUCGAACUGCGUGCGCGCGUCGUCGAUUGCCAACGGCAUUGCCUCGAUCAUCCCGACGACGAGCAGCUCGUCGAGCAGCGCCGCCUCCACCGGCGGCUCGUCGCGCAGCGGCUCGUCGACGUCGUCGCGCAGCGGCAGCGGCGCCGCCGCCACGUCGUCGGGCUCCUCG